AUGCCUCCUCAUUCCAGGUUAUCGUAUGGUGCGGAUAACUAUUCUCCAAGAGAAAUUGACAACCACGGUUUUGUAGGUAAUAUGCAUACUUCAGCCAUGAUAUCCGUGGAUGGGUCUGUGGAAAUGAUGUGUUGGCCACAAUUCGAUUCUCCUUCGGUAUUUGCUCGUAUAUUGGAUGCUAGAGCUGGACACUUUUCCAUUACCCCUGUAGAAGAAUCAAGCUGUAAGCAAAUGUACGAACCGUCAACAAAUGUGCUACAUACAAAGUUCUAUUCUGAGCGCGGUGUUGUUCGACUGCUUGACUUUUUUCAUCGACAAUGGGAAGAUUAUGAGCCACUAUAUCCUUGGCUUAUUAGAAGAGUUUGUUGUAUCAGAGGUAGCACUCGCAUUAAGAUGGAAUGCUUUCCAGCAUUCAAUUAUGCAAUGGAGAACCAUGAAACAAAAAUUAUGAGAGCCCCUAAUUAUCUUCAGGCCGAGUUUUAUCCUGCUUCUGGAUCCCCUCAUUAUAUUUUGGAUGCUAUCCCAGCAGAUGGCGAUAUUUCAAUUCCUUUGGAAAUUACUCGACCAUCGGAAAGACUCGUUGAUGGUGGAGGAAUUACUUGUUAUUUGGAGUUAGAAGAAGGUCAAGAGAUAACGUUUGUAUUUCGACAAAAUAAGUUAGGUCCUAGUGUUGAUUAUAUAGCAACGAAUUUGCUUGAUAAACUUGAAGAUUCGACUAAAAGGUAUUGGAGAGCAUGGAUUCAGCAGUGUACUUAUACUGGCCGCUAUCGGGAAUUUGUCCAGAGAAACGCCCUCACCUUGAAACUUUUAAUUUACGAACCUACAGGAGCAGUUGUUGCCAGUCCUUCGUUUUCAUUACCAGAAGACUUAGGUGGUGUGAGGAAUUGGGAUUACCGAUUUACUUGGAUUCGUGACUCUGCUUUUACAAUCUAUGCCUUAGCACAGCUUGGAUUCCGAGCGGAGGCUGUCGAAUAUAUGUCAUUUAUAUACCACAUAUUAAAAAAAAAGAACACGGAUGGAGGUAUAAAUAUCGUUUACUCUAUCCGGGGAGAUACAGAGGGUCUUGAGGAAAAAGAACUAAAUCAUCUGCGAGGAUACUAUGAUUCUCGGCCUGUUCGUAUAGGGAAUGGUGCCGUUAAUCACCUUCAACUUGAUAUUUACGGCGAACUAAUGGAUGCUAUAUAUAUUUAUGAUAAAAAAUGUCAACCAAUAGCUUAUGACUUAUGGUUAGAAGUUCGACAUAUAUGUGAUUACGUAUGUGCCAAUUGGAAGCGACCUGACAAAAGUAUAUGGGAAGUACGAGGGCAAAAUAGGAACUUUUUGUAUUCAAAAAUUAUGCUUUGGGUGGCCUUGGAUCGGGCACUUCGCAUUGCCUUUUUGAGGUCUCUUCCCUGUCCCAAACGAAUAGAAUGGAUGGAUAUCAGGGAUGAAAUUUAUGAAACAAUUAUGCAAUCAGGAUACAAUGUAGACAAUGGCUAUUUUGCUCAGUCUUUUGAAAACAUAGAUAUUCUGGAUGCUGGUGUUCUUGUUAUGCCUAUGGUUUCUUUUAUUUCUCCCACAGAUCCUCGGUUCCUUAGCACUAUGGAUAACAUCAUGAAACCAUUGGAAAAAGGUGGAUUGAUGAGUAAUGGGUUAAUAUUCCGCUAUAAUAACUUUGCAUAUGAAGAUGGUGUGGGAGGCGAUGAAGGUGCUUUUACAAUGGUAUGUUUUUGGCUGGUGGAAGCACUAGCUAUGGCCGGCUGUCGAGGAUAUCCAAAGCUUAUAUCCACUGCUGUAAGUAUGUUCGAGGAUUUGGCUCGUUAUUCAAGUCAUCUAUCUAUAUAUUCAGAAGAAUGUUCCCUGUCCAGUGAGUCUUUGGGCAAUUGUCCUCAAGCCUUCAGUUCAAUUGCUGCGAUUGCUGCCGCUCAUAUUCUGGAUAAGGCUCUUUCUGUAAUUAACGAUGUUUAA